UCUCUCAGAAAAAAAAAACCCGAAGGAACUUCUCCUCCUACAUAAAAACGGACCUUCCUCGUCGUGCUCCGCCGGUCCGUUCUGUCCUCCUCCGUCCCUCCCUCCAUAGCUCGCGCCUCGCGGAUCUCAGUUCUAUAACUUGUCAACUUGGCUUUGGUAAUUCCUGGGACUGACGGAACCACUGAAAAUGGUGGUUCUGGCAGCUUCUAUAAUAUCAAAGUCUGGAAAGGCACUUGCUUCAAGGCAAUAUGUUGACAUGUCUCGGAUCAGGAUCGAGGGACUGCUUGCAGCAUUUCCAAAGUUGGUUGGAACUGGAAAGCAACAUACUUAUGUUGAGACAGAAAAUGUCCGUUAUGUUUAUCAACCAAUUGAAGAGCUGUAUCUGCUACUCAUCACAAAUAAGCAGAGCAACAUCCUUGAAGAUCUGGACACACUGAGGCUGCUCUCCAAAAUUGUACCUGAAUAUUCCCCUUCUUUGGACGAAGAGGGUGUCUGCAAGGCCGCAUUCCAACUUAUAUUUGCUUUUGACGAAGCCAUUUCUCUUGGAAACAAGGAAAAUGUAACUGUUCCACAAAUUAAACAAUAUUGCGAAAUGGAGAGCCAUGAAGAGAAGCUGCACAAGCUGAUCAUGCAAAGCAAGAUAAAUGACACUAACGAUCUCAUGAGGAGAAAAGUUACUGAGAUUGAGAAAAACAAGAUUGAUAGAGGCAAGACUGGGGAAGGAUUUGCUCCAACAAGAACUCCAAAUAACUUUAAUGACAUGAACAUUAGAGGUGGUCCAGGGUCAGAGAUCGAUCGUAUAUUUACUGACAAGACAAAAGGGCGAUCAUCUGCUCCUUCUCCUGCUCCCAGUAAAAUGCCUGGUGGAAUGAAAUUAAGUAAAGCUCACAAGCCAAAUCAGUUCCUGGAGUCUUUGAAAGCUGAAGGAGAAGUUAUUCUGGAGGAUAUUCAACUAAGCACAAUCAAGUCAAGGUCAUCAUCAUCUAUUCCACCAAGUGAUCCUAUCACAGUGACCAUUGAAGAGAAGUUGAAUGUCACAGUUAAAAGGGAUGGCGGAGUUACUAAUUUUGAUGUUCAAGGAACCCUUGCUCUCCAAAUUCUUAAUGACACUGAUGGUUAUAUCCAGUUGCAGAUUGAGAACCAAGAUGCACCUGGACUUAGCUUCAGGACGCACCCUAAUAUUGACAAACAGCUGUUCAACGGCCAGAAAAUUGUUGGGGCAAGAGAUCCAACCAGGCCUUUCCCCAGUGGUCAGAAUGAAACACCCCUGGUGAAAUGGAGAAUCGAGGGGUUGACUGAGUCUUCUCUGCCAUUGACAGUCACUUGCUGGCCUUCAACAUCUGGAAAUACAACUGUCGUGAACAUCGAAUAUGAAGCUUCAGACAUGUUUGAUUUGCACAAUGUUAUCGUCUCCAUCCCUCUGCCCGCACUUAGGGAUGCUCCAAGUGUAAAACAGAUAGAUGGAGAAUGGAGGUAUGACUCAAGAAACUCUGUGUUGGAAUGGUCUGUUAUGCUUAUCGAUCAAUCCAACCGAAGUGGCGCCAUGGAGUUCUCUGUUCCCGCUGCUGAUCCAUCGACAUUUUUUCCCAUCUCCGUUGGAUUUUCUGCAUCAAAUACAUUUAGUAACGUGAAGGUUACUGCCAUCCUUCCAUUGCAGGGAGGUAGUUCAAAAUAUUCACAGCAGGUUCGACUGGUCACUGUUAACUAUCAAGUGGUCUGAUGCCGUUUGUUCGGGUCAAGUGAUUGCGCAUAUCUGGAGUAUAUAUAGGAACUUCUGAUUUUUGGUCGUGACUUGUUGAGCCAUUGCGACAUCAUCUUUCGGCUCAAGAAUUUCAUGGGAUAUAGAGGAUAAAAAACUGGUAUGCGGAAAUGCAUUUUUGUACUUUAUAUUGUAGAUUGGUGAACGGAACGUUGUGUUCUUCGUGCCCACAGAUACAUUAUAUGGAAAUAUAUAUGACACUCUCGUCGCCCGUUUCCUGCUUUUACUAUGGAUAUCAUCCACUAAUAUGUUUUUUA